AGCUCCUCGGGGUGGCACUUGUCUUCGUGAAGCAGCACGAUAGGAGCAGAGAAUAACUAGGCUCCUGCAGAAGUUAAAUUGAGUUAAACUAGUAGUCUGUGCAGUCAAACAGGUGUACCCACACGGUGAGCGGCUGAACGGGGACACAUGGAGGACACGGGCGGUGCUACUGCGUACGGGGUUUCGCUCGCGGGAGGAGGCUUCGACUUCUACAAGUUUAUCCGACAACCUCAAACCAUCGUGCGGAUACUCAGCUGGAUAUUUGCCCUGGUGGUGUUUGCCUCCAUCACAACAGAGGGAUAUGUCAACACUGCCCACAGUUCCGAAGCAAAGUGCAUCUUCAACCAGAAUGACUCGGCAUGUCAUUACGCUAUCGGCAUCGGUGUGAUUGCCUUCCUGGCAUGUGUGGCCUUCCUGGUGUUGGACGUUUACGUGCCUUUUAUGAGCAACGCACACGAAAGGAAGUACGCUGUCAUGGCCGACCUGGGAUUUUCAGGGGCGUGGAGCUUCCUGUGGUUUGUGUGUUUCUGCCUGCUGGCCAGUCAGUGGGCCAAAACUCAUAACGUCAGCGGUCUCCCAGAGGACGCCGCCCGUGCGACCGUGGCCUUCUCCUUCUUCUCCAUCGCCACUUGGGGAAUCCUGACCUACUUUGCUCUGGUCCGUUUCCGGCGCGGCGUGAACGAUUCGACCCUCCCGACCUACACAGAGCCUCCACAGGAUCACCACACCGCCUACCCUCCCACCUACGCCCCUACCUCCUACAACCCCACCACCUACACCCCUACCACAUACUCAGCCUAUCCCAGCAAUGGGCCCGACAUGCAGCCGCAGCCUCCCUUCACCCCCACCCCCCCCGCCGCCAGCCGACGCCGGCUACCAGCCGCCCAGCUACUGAGAGAAAGGGACGAGGCGGCGUUUCCUCUGUCGGCUCACUGAUGGGAGCUGCACUGCGCAGGCUGAGCUAUAUCAUAUUGAUGUGAUUUGACAUUUGAUUCAACAAUCUUUCUAAGUGUUUUUCGACUUAAAAGCCUGAGCAGUGCAACUGCAAGGUGUAGAUGAGAGACGCUGCUGUUUACGUCAAAGGGUCUCAAGUCAGAUCUUAAGAAAUCAGCUGACCGUUGAGAUCAGUGCUGACUUUAGACCUGUGUGUAAAGAUGCAACUUUUUUUUACCUCAAAUAGGCUGAUCCUGCAGAGGAUAGGUAGUUAAAUUGAACCAAGGAGGUCAAAGGUCAUGUGACGUUGUGAAGAAUACCUGUGACGGCUCCAGCUCUCUGUUGGGACCUGACGAUGUGCAUUUGUACAUAGAUCCCACCGUGCAAAGCUGCCAUUUUAAUGGUUGUAUGUGCCUGGAUUGAUUUUCUUAUUUGGUUUAGUGGAUGCUUUCCCCUCUGUACAUUUAUCUUGAGGACCUUUAUUAAACUGUUGGGUGGGAUGUAAUAAAUUGACAAAUGAUUUUGUGGGAGUGCAGUGGCCAAAUGUCCACUUUCUCUUUUAGUUUUCUAUUAAAUGUGGCUUCUGUAACGAUCAGCAGUUAGGUUUCUUAGCCAUAAAAACACAUCUGAAAGAAA